AUGCCGUCGUCUCCAGAGCACUCAAGCGGCCACACUGCCAUUCUCAAGCACUGUAAAAUUAUGCUUAAUACGACGUUCACACCCACGCCAGUGAUGCCUUCAUUAAACGAAAAUCUGCUGCAGCGGGACAUCUUUGACUACGAUUUUAAUCGUGAGCGCAUUUUCCUGGAGAUCGCAGAAGCGGAGAUCGCCGCCAUGCAGAAGGCUGCGGUGGACGCUUCAGAAGAUAAUAUUUCAGACGAUGAGCUUGCACGACAGAGCGCAAGGUUGUCGCUGUCGAGCAACGUGAGCAGCGCUGGGCAGUCGAGGGUCGUUGAUAUACCGAGCAAGAACAUCGGGACAAUCCUGAGCAUCCACGUAGACGUUGUCACCCAUUUUCAUAAGAGCCUCGAACAUGAAGCCGCGUGGCAAAUAAUCCUUUUCCUGCUCCUGGUAUGUUUGAAUUUCGAACUUCAACGCCAUUGUCUUCCGCAGCUUCAGCGUGCACCAAGUAGUACGAACGAGGUAAAUGGAGCUCGUCGUCCAUUGAUGGUCGUUGCAGGUACACUGUACCACUCCAUUUUAUCUGUCAUGACAUCCACGCGCAAAUUCUGUUGUGACGACCUUUUCCGGUUUAAUAAUGUCAACUUGGACGUGCUGACGGAAACAUACAACGUGUCGUUCUAUCUCCAGUAUCUCUCAAAAUGGCCGGACUAUUUUCUGGUACAAUUGGACCCGAACAACACCAUCAUGGGUUACAUUAUGGGCAAGGCCGAGGGCCAAGGGACUGAUUGGCAUGGACACGUGACGGCAGUGACUGUUGCUCCCGAGUUUCGACGUUUAGGACUAGCAAAAAAGCUUAUGGACUAUCUGGAGAAUGUGUCGAUAGAACUUUACAAUGGCUACUUUGUCGACCUUUUCGUGCGUGUCUCCAACUCGCUAGCCAUCCAGAUGUAUGAGAAAUUUGGCUACUCAGUCUAUAGGCGCGUCCUUGGAUAUUAUUCGAGUGCUGAAGACAAAGAAGAUGCGUUUGAUAUGAGGAAGGCACUGCCUCGAGAUGUCGAUAAGAAGUCGAUCAUACCGCUGCCACAUCCAAUUACUCCCGACCAAUUGUGA